UGGCCACAGUUGAUGGCUGAGAAGGGAGUGGUCGACUGGCUGUGCCAAGUCUCCUGGGGGACCUGGGCCGUGGCGUAUAAAGCGUGGCCGCGCGAAGGGCCGGGCAGCCUCUGGGAGCCCCAGCGAGCGCCCCGUGAGCACACACCCGGAGAUGAAGGCCCUGCUCCUGACCGUCGGCCUCGGCCUGGUCGCCAUCCUUCAGGCCCAGGACCCCCCAGCCUCGGGCGGAGACACCCCGGAUGUAUCAGGAAAGUGGUACCUGAAGGCCAUGACCUCAGACCAAGCGAUGUCCGAGAAGCUGGAGUCAGUGACCCCCAUGACCUUCACCGUCCUGGAGGGGGGUGACCUGAACAUCCUGAUCACCUUUCAGAUAAACGGUCAGUGCAAGAAGAAAACACUGGUCCUGAAGAAAACCUCUGAACCCGGCAAAUACACGGCCUACGAGGGCAAGCGUGUGGUGUACAUCAAGCAGGCACAGGUGCCGGACCACUACAUCCUCUACUGUGAGGGCGAGUACCAUGGCCAGCAGAUCCGGAUGGCGAAGCUCGUGGGGAGAGACCCCGAGAACAAUGAAAAGGCCUUGGAGGGUUUCCAGAAGUUCUCAAAAGCCAAAGGAUUAUUAGACCAGGAGAUCUUCAUCCCCAAACAAAUCGACACCUGCUCUCCCGGAGGAGACCAUGAGCCGCAGGCGUGAGGACCGGCUCCACAGCAGCCCCGGGGCGGCACCACCAGGACCCUCUGUCCCUCAGGAUUCAGGACGUAGAAGCCCCAGCCCCCAGGCCUGGGCUCGCCUCACCCCUCCUGCCGCCCUCCCUCUCCCCUGCCUCGCCGCCCCCACCCCUCUCUUGUUCUCACAUAAAGAUCUUCUCAACCA